CCCGCUGGAUGGCAUCGGGCAACUCUGUCACAAGUAAGAAUAAUAAGAAUUAAAGUGGCAGCAUAGAAGGAAGAUGACAAUUACAGUAAAUUUGCGCCUCUCCAGGUACGAUUGUUUGUUCCUGGUGGACUCUGUGGCAUCCAUGGGUGGAGCGCCGGUGUACAUGGACCUGCAAGGUGCGGCGUGAAAUCCCAAACAAUAAUUCAUUUUCACUUUGCGCUGUUUUUGUCACGCUUUUAAAUACUCUAUUGUAAUAACAACUCCCAAUAGAAUAUUUCUCCAUACUACUAAUACAUACUACGAGACAGUGAUUGUGUGAAUCUAGAUCGGCAGACGGAUCGGUGCAGCGUCUGGAGUGAUGUGGACCUUGCAUCGGUCCAUUGUGGUAAAGAGGGAGCUAAUUCGAAAGGCGAUGCUCUCAGUUUACGAGUCGAUCUAGGUUCCUACCCUCACAUCUGGGGAUGAGCUGUGGGUCGUGACCGAAAAAACAAGAUCCCGUAUACAAGCGGCCCAAAUGAGUUUCCUCCGGAGGGUUUCCGGGCUCUCCCUUAGAGAUAGCGUGAGAAGCUCGGUCAUCCGGGAGGGGCUCAGUGUCGAGCCGUUGCUCCUCCGCAUUGAGAGGAGCCAGAUGAGGUGGCUGGGGCAGCUGAUCCGGAUGCCUCCCGGACGCCUCCCUGGUGAGGUGUUCCGGGCACGUCCCACCGGAAAGAGACCCCGGGGACGACCCAGGACAUGCUGGAGAGACUACGUCUCUCGGAAGAACUGCAAGAAGUGGCUGGGGAAAGGGAAGACUGGGUAUCCCUGCUGAAGCUACUUCCCCCGCGACCCGAACCGGAGGAGUGGUGGAGAAUGGAUGGAUGGAUGUCCGAUUACCUUCAUUUUUCAGAGAUCGACAUACUGUACUCGGGUUCUCAGAAGGUUCUGAACGCCCCACCAGGAACGGCACCCAUCUCCUUCAGUGAGCGAGCAUGUCGUAAAAUAUUCAACCGCAGCACAAAGCCGGUGUCGUUCUUCUUGGACCUGAAGUGGCUGUCAAACUACUGGGGAUGCAACGGAGAAGCCACCAGAGUGUACCACCACACGGGCCCCGUCUCCGCUUUCUACUCCCUCAGGGAGAGCCUGGCCAUCUUGGUGGAGGAGGGUCUAGAACAUUCCUGGGAAAGACACAGGAAAGUGGCUGACUACUUCCACACCGGUCUACAACGAAUGGGACUCAAACUCUUCGUGGAGGACAAGGCAUUGAGGUUGCCGACGGUGACGACAAUCGUGGCGCCACGUGGAUAUGACUGGAAGGAUAUCACAGCCUACAUCAUGAAGAAGCACAACCUGGAGAUCUCCGGGGGGCUUGGACCUUCCGCUGGCAUGGUGCUUCGCGUUGGUCUGAUGGGAUGCAACAGCAGCGUUUCGGGUGCGGACAUGGUGCUGGCAGCUCUGAGGGACGCGUUGAUGCACUGUCACAAGAGCAAAGUCUGACUCUUAAGAUUUGGACAAUAACAGUUUGACACUGUCACUGACUGGCAUUUCUGCUCCUUUUCAAGCAUGAAAGGUGAUUUAUAGAUAAAGGUUUGAUUGAUAUCACUUAUAGUUCUCCAACUAAGAGGUGAACAGUGCUCGCUUCAAGCUGUUUGUCACUUGCCGGUGAACUUUACAGGUGCAUUCAAAACCUCUUAAUUUUUGAGAAUUAAGUCGUACGACACGAGAACAGGGUUCACACUCACUCUGACCCCAAACCUAGGGGCCGACAGGAAAAAUUUAGGGCCACCAAGGAAAAAAGACUCAACCAAUGGUGCCAUCCACCAUUAUUGGUUCAUCAAAGGUUCCAGUACCUCCCAGUGAUCACCUGUCGCCCCCUUGUGGUCGUUCUCACUGAUAUGACAGUGGUAGUUUUUAGCAACGUCACUGUCUGGAAACAUGACUGCAAACACUUUUGAAUUAUUUUCACAAGAUUUGUAACUGUAAUGGCUGCAGAUCACUUUUAAAGUCCGCACGAUCUCUGUCUUGAACGAGUUCGUUUUCGUGUAUUGAACUACGGUCACAGAGCCUGACUUCUGGCUGGUUGAAGUCGAUGACUGGACAACUGUAAGUGGGCAGGCACUGCCAGUACUGGCGCUUGGUUGAUCCCUACGAGUGCCUGAAGUUGAUGCUUCACUAUCUUGAUAUUUUGACAGAAACAGAUUCAGACAAAUAGAAGAUGAGACAGUCUUCGCCAAAUCAGGGUUAGGGUGAAAUGCCUACUCACAAAAACAAACAAUGGAAUAUCAACGACAAGAUGGCGACUAUAAGAAAACAUUUGUGAAACACAAAUUGGCAAUUUCCGGCUGUUUUGGAUGCCAGACAGAUCUCUAUUUUUUUUAAAAUAAAAGAUGAUUUUUUUUUUUUUAGGGAGAAUUUGCCGUUUAGAGGUCCUCCCUUUUGAUUUUUUUUUAAUUUAAGGCCUUUUUAGGGGCUUGACCGAUUUUCGGUGAAUUUUAAGGACUUUUAAGGGCCCCUAAAUGGACCCUCAGAAAUAUAGUUUUUUUUCCUAGGGACUUUUAGGGCCACGUAUGAACCCUGGAGAACCAUAUGAAAACAACAACAAAAAGUUGUAACUGUGGUGCCAUCCCCACAGUCCUUAGACCAAAUCGGAUAAAUUAAGAACAGAAAAAAACUUCAAGCGUCACCUCUCACCUCUCUUCUCUGACCUCCAUGACACACAAGAUGGCGUAAUUGGAAACCGAUCCAUAUCCCCCUGCAUGGCUCCUUUCUAAAAAUAUGUCAUAAUUACUAUAUAGUCUGUGUUCCAUUUUUUAAUGUGAAUUGAUUAUUUUUCAAUAAACUAACUUUUUU